AUGCUGCGGCUUAGUCAUCGAUACUUCCGGGCCAGCACCUGUUUUAGAAACCUUUUCGUGAGGUUGCACCAUACAUACGUUCCAUGGUUCUAUGCCAUAGACAUACCCAACUCCAAACCCUAUUUACCCACAUACAAGACUUUUCAAUCGCCUCAAAAAUUCAAACCAUUCUCCAAUGAUGACUCUAAUCGUCUCGAAAAGGCUAGUAAGCACCAAGAAAGCAGGCCCGUUCUAGUCAACGAAGACUAUCUAUUCAAAGUAGACCUCUCUCAAAUGGAAUUAUCUCCUACCUAUUGGGAAGGCCCCACUUACCAGGUACGAAGGGGUAUCUGGUUCGACUCCUCAAAUCAACCUUUAUCUAGUGAUCUUACCCUGGAAAUCGAAGGCUUAUAUAAAGAGGUCAAGUUCGAUAAAAACAAUAACGAUGCGACCACAACACCCUCUACAGAGUUACAAGAUAUAUUCAGGCUCAAGGGUAAAUACCCAAUCGAUAAAGAAAAUGGAAAAGAGCAGGACAAAGGGUCUGGCGAUAAAGAUGGGAAUGAAUCUUCUUUCAAGUUUAUUUUAUUUACUAAUAAGCAAACCGCGUUUUUGCUAUCGGAUUUAGAUGGCGGCAAACUGCAACUAGCCUUUUUAAGGUCUAAUCUGGCCCAGUCUUUACCGAUCAAUGCUACAAUGAUUACAAGAUCGUACAAGAAAACAUCUUCGACAUCAAACAAACAAACCUCUGCGGCAGGGAAAACACCCGACGCAGCUGUAGCAGAUGGUAGUAGUAGCCCAAAAUCAAGCAGUAUUGAAACAAAAUUAGAGAAGAAAGUUUCAAACCUUUUCGAUGUGUCGGACUUCUUACAAUUGUUCAACGGUAAUGCAAAUAAAGAUCAAGCCGAUGCAAAGAGCUUGGAAAAGCAAAUGGAAACAGACUAUAAUAAUGCGAAUAAUAACCAAGGUGCCAAUGCUAGUAGCAAAAUAAAGACUGGCAACAACCCAGGUGCAAAAGAUCGAGAACAUAGAAGCAACAAGAGAGAUGUAGAUAACUUAGUACUCUGUGUUCAUGGUAUAGGUCAGACUUUGGGCAAGAAGUACGAAUACGUCAAUUUUGCGCAUACAAUAAAUUUAUUAAGAUCUAAUAUGAAAAAAAUAUACAACAAUUCUGAAAAAUUACAAUCACUAAAUACAGCAUCUGAUCACAAAUGCAACUGUAAUGUUCAAGUGCUGCCUAUUACUUGGAGACAUUCAAUAAAUUUCCAAACUGAUGCGAAGGAGGAAAAUAUCGAAAAUCCUGAAUUACCAACCUUGUCACAAGUCACAGUAAAUGGUGUGCUACCCCUGAGGAAAUUAUUGGCAGAUGGUCUCUUAGAUAUUUUGCUGUAUGUCGAACCAUAUUACCAAGAAAUGAUUCUUCAGCAAGUAACCUCUCAAUUGAAUAAAACAUUCCGAAUUUUUAAAGAAUACAACCCAGAGUUUGAGGGGAAAGUUCAUUUGGUGGGCCAUUCUUUGGGCAGUAUGAUAUUGUUCGAUAUUCUGUCUAAGCAGCAAAAAUAUAAACUGGAAUUCCAAGUAGACAACCUAUUCUUUAUUGGUUCACCAAUUGGAUUGCUAAAGUUAAUUCAAAGAACCAAAAUUGGUGACCGUUCAGAAUUUCCUAAUGACUUGGAGAGAAAAUUGACAGUACAAAGACCGCAAUGCAAAGACAUUUAUAAUGUUUACCACGUUUGUGAUCCCGUCUCUUACAGGAUGGAACCCCUUGUGAGUAAAGAAAUGGCACAUUACGAACAGACUUACUUACCUCAUUGUAGUGAAGCCUAUGGAUUGACCUCAAAAGUUCUGCAAUUUGGUGAAAACAUAUGGAAAGAUUUACCUAGUAUUGAUGAAAAUGAUUCGCAAUCCGGGAAAAUUUUGUCAGGAAAAACUGACGUCAAACUAUCAAAAAACCUUACGAAAAUGCUUACAAAUUUAAAUUACACAGGACGUUUGGAUUAUGCCAUGUCGCCAAGUCUGCUAGAAGUCGAUUUUAUAUCCGCUAUAAAAUCGCACGUUUCUUAUUUUGAAGAACCUGAUAUUGCAGCGUUUAUCUUGAAAGAAAUCUUAACCAACCAUGAAAAUGUAUCCGAAAUAUAUGUGAAAAAUAAGAAGAGUUGA